CCCUUUUCCCUCUCUCUCUCUCUCUCACUAACUCUCCCAUCACCACUUUCCCCCUCUAUUAAGUUUCAAGCGUCUCUUACUCCUCAACUGAACAACACACACCAAACAGGACUGGACGGAAAACAGACACGGGCUCUCCUGGUCCUUGCCUUCGACUCCUCCCAUCUUAUCAUUUCCUUACUUCAUCCAUCCCUACUUCAUUGUAGCUCUGUUCACAUCGCUUUAUGUCUAAUUUCAUUGCUCAGCCCAUUUAUUUUUACUUCAAUCUUUGUUCACUGACUGCUUUUGCUCAAUUUACCCAUCCAUUCCAGGGUAGUUGAUAGCUGCCACCUCUUUUUUAAUACACUGGUUUUAAAAUGAAAACUAUCUUCACCCAUAAUCUCUCCCCAUUUUCUUCUCACUAAAUCUCCCUUCCAUAUUUUCAUCUAUUAUUUGCUCCUCUAACCUUUAACCUAAGUGCCCUGUUCUUCCCCCUGGUCCUCCUCAGGCCUGUCCAGUUGAGACCAGUAUGUGGUCCAACUUCUUUGUACAGCAGGAUGAGGAGGGUCGCAUCGGGGUGGCAGGGGCUGGACAAGGUGGGGUUCUGGGUGGAAUGAAAGGUGGACGGGGACAGAGGAGGACCCCCAAGAUGAGUGACAGCCAGGAGGGGAAGAUCAAGCUGGCCUUCUUUGUGUCUAUCAUUGGCGUGACCCUGACGGUGUUGGGCAUGGGGACAGAGUUUUGGGUGGAGCUGGCCCAAUCAAAGAAUUUCAGUGGCAACCAGACCUGCCAGAUGGCCCAUUAUGGCCUGUGGAAGGGCUGUAUCCGCACCCUAUGGGUGGCUGACAUAGACCCAGAGAGGACAAGCUGUGGCCCCGCUGAACUACCUGGAGAAUCCAACUGCACCUACUUCAAAUUCUUCACCUCUGGGGAGAAUGCAGUCAUAUUCAAGAAGACAACUAACAAGAAUCUGAAUCUAGCAUCAGCUGUCUUGGCCCUUUUGAGUCUGACCAUGAUGGUAAUGGGCUCCAUCUGCAUCGGCAUGUCCCUCAGCAAAGGAGUGGCCUUCUUUCUCAAGCCAGCCUCCUUCUGCUUUAUCCUAUCAGGUGUACUGGUCCUUCUCUCUGUCCUGAUAUUCCACCAGUCGGUGCUGGCUUUGCUGUCCAGUGACCACUCCAUACCUUUACACCAUGAGCUGUCCUGGUCUGUGGCCUGUGUGGGCUCAGCGGGAGCCAUUCUUAUUUUUGGAGGUUUCCUCUUCCUCAUCCUCUCCCUUCCUUUCAGCCCCUGGCAGAAAUGCUUGCCGCACAAGAAUAGCGCCACCUAGCACAUGAAUGCUAAAAUAUGCAGUAUUCUUGAUGUCUUGUGUGAGAGCAAGUGGAAAAGUCCUUUUCCCAAGGGCUCUGACUUUGCCUGCUCUUGGCAUUUAAACUGUCAGAGAAGUAAUACUAGGUCUUAAUUAAAUGUAUGAAGACAAGUCAGCAACACUUUAGUAAGGCCUCCAGAAUUUGGUUUUGCAAAAAUUGUUUGUUUUAGUGUUUUUUAAUAGAAAAUAGAUGGAAUGAGCAACAGGGCUACUGCUGACUGUUUCAUUUUUUUUAGUUCAAUGUUGUGUUUACUUAAACAAAUGUCACAAAUAGCCUUGUUAGCCUGCUUAUAGCUGCACAGUCACACAUAAAUCUAAAAUCUCUGCUAGAAUAAUAAAAAACACAAAGGUUUUUAAAUACUCUUUUGUAUUUUAAAACUUUUUGUCUGUUUAAUAUGGAAGCCCUUCAACUUCCAUAGUUUCUGCAGCAGCAUCAGAAUGUACUGGAGCCAAGCAACAAAUACUGUUUUUGACCAUGCCAACCAUCAAUAUGAAGGAGGUUCUGAUUUUACAUUACUUGUCAUAUCUGCUACAUGUUGCGUAAGGAAUAAAGUCGAUGAGUAUCCUUAAUAUUCUUGCAUAUGAAGCUUUAAACACUUAAAACUUGAUAAACAAGAGGCUUUAGUUGUCAUUAUUUAUUACUUAUGUGUAUUUUACAACUAUUGGGUGAAUGCUGCUUCAGUAUACCAGAUGAAUGUAUGUUGAAUGAAAUCAACUGUGAGAAGUGAUAAAAAUACCAUUUUGUAUAUCAGAGAAUUGUAUGGACUCACUUUAUAAGCUCAACUUUGUACAUAAACUGAAUGAAUGAGUUUAUAUUUUAUGAAUACUCUCUGUAGUGUUGUCGCCAGUCACUUUAUUUGCAAGAUGUAUGCAGUAAAUAUAUUUUUGUCAUAGGAUCUCAACUUAUCUCUCUACCAGGAAAUGCUAUUUUACAAAAUAUAUGCUGUGCUCAUUUCUACUCAUAUAUAUGUACAGUAUGUUGCACCAGUUUUGCUUACCAUUAAAGGGACUUGACAUGAGAUAA